CAGCUGUUCUGAAUCUCAUGUGAUCAAAAUAGGAAGUGUAGUGUGGCAGCGACUGUCAAGUAAUGUAUUGAGGUGCGUAUGGAAUCGCGAAACUGAAACCUAUCAAGGUUCCUUCAUGAAAAGAAAAAGCCAUACGUGUUUGAUUGCAAUGACGAUGGGCAUAGUCUUUUUGCUAACGGCGGUGUUGUAUGGCACCAUCAAUUCUCAGCUCUCCGACGCGACUGGACUUAAAACGGACUAUCGACUGCUGGGCAGACCACUGUACAAGCUGGAUAUCUCAUGGCCCAAGUACACGGAACAUUUCACAGGCGACGUAUUCGGAGUCGCCGUAAACCACCUUGCUGGACUGGUGUAUGUGGCACAGAGAGGAGACAAUGUACCCAAAGUGCUGGUGUUCACCACGGACGGAGACUUUUUACAGGCCUGGAACACCACCACUUUGGAGAUGCCGCAUGGGAUCUUCCUGGCCAAUGCCUCCACAAACCCCUCUGUGUGGAUCACUGAUGUGGGGAACGGGCCAUACGGGCACACCAUCAAGCAGUACUCUCCCUCUGGGAAGCUGAUGCAGGUGCUGGGAUCCCCAGGAAAGGCAGGCUCCGGCGUCAACCCCCUGCAGUUUGAUCAGCCGGCUGAGAUAUUUGUCCACAGCUCUGGGGAGAUUUACAUUGUGGACGGGGAUGGCGGGCUGAACAACCGACUUAUCAAGCUGUCCAAAGACCUCCAGGUGGUCUGGAUGCAUGGAGAGAAAGGGUCUGGUCUGGCACAGUUCUACAUCCCGCACAGCGUGGCGGUGGAUGCCUAUCAGAGGGUGUGGGUGGCUGACAGAGGGAACAAGCGGAUCCAAGUGUUCAACUCCAUCACAGGUGACUGGCUGGGAUCUUGGGGAAGUUGCUUCACAGAGGACGCCCCAUACUCUGUCAGACUAACACCCGACCAAAAGUAUUUUGUGGUGGUCCAGCUGAACACCAAUCAGAUAUCUCUGCUGGAGGCCCCGCCUGUGGGCGUGAUUGGACAGUGCCGGGUGGUCAGCGUCAUCCAGCUGGCAGAGGACAUAAAGCCCCACCUGGUCGACUUAGACCUGAAAACAGGGGCACUGUAUGUGGCCGAGAUUGGUGCACAGCAGGCCCAGAAGUUCACCCCCUUCACCUUGGGCACUAGCUUCCUAUAGAGCGGGAACUGGUCGGAGGCCUCAGUCCAGGGCACUUUAUCAUUCAUUGUCAUUAUUCUUUUUGCUGACGUGUAUUCAAAGUGGUGAUUGAUUCUGCAGUGGAAUCUCUUAUCCAGGCUAAUUAAACGGGCUAUGGAUGUGCUCAACUUAAAAAAAAAAAAAAAUAAUAAUAAUAUUUUUAAUUUAAGUUAUUGGGUGCUGAAGCAGUGGAUAUCAGCGAGCGAAAUGCCAGCUGAAAAGCAUCAUUACUUUUGACUGCUGCAGCCAAAUAUCAGUAUAAAACUUCACUUCAUUGAGCCUCAUUUUGUUUGUGUUGUUGAUUCAUUCAUCAUUUGGUUUUUUUUUUUGGGGGGGGGAUCUUUCUUAAAUGCUUGGUAUGAGGUGCUCUAUACAAUGGAAGUGCCCAGCCUGGACUUUACUGUGAAGGUUCAUAGCUCAAAGUUCCAAAGCACAGCUCUUAGACAGUCACAUAAAUCAUCCCGGUCCAGGUCUGGGUUUGAAUAUCACAGUUAUAAAUGUCUGGUUUCUUGUCAUUCCUACUCAUGCAUGCACUGUGAAAUAUGUCUCAAUUUAUAUGCGUGAAACAGCAUCAGCAAGACCUGUUCUCUUAAGAGGGAUGACAUGCACGUAAGUAGAUUAAAGAGGCUGCGCACAUGUGUGUAUGUGUGUGUGUUUGGCUUGUUUUUGAUAACAUACAGUAUACAGUUUCACAAUAGGCUGUUCUUGCUCAUCUGUGAUAACUGAUGGUCAGUGCAGCUGUUGUGACAUGCAUAAUUAUUGUUGGUGGGUAUUAAUAGGAUUGACAGAUGGUUCAAGAAAUGUUUUUCAGAAUGCCAGUUAUUCAUUCUUUCUACCUUAUUUACCUCUAGAAAUGUUC